CAGCAGCAGCAGCAGCAGCAGCAGCAGCAGCAGCAGCAGCAGCAGCGAAGGCGGGGGGUGGGGGCGCGGCUGUGAGCAGCAGCUGCUGCCGCGAGCAGCUGCACAACGGAGUGGAGCAGCAACGAAGCAGCAGCAACAGCAACGAAGCAGCAGCAGCAGCAGCAGCAGCAACGAAGCAGCAGCAGCAGCAAUGA